AAGGACGUUGGAGUGGAGGAUUGUUGCUACCAUGGCUUCUGGUACAUUGGCAAAACCUCAGUUGCCGGGUCUUCUGGCCAAGCGUCUGCAGAUUCAUAUUGUUGGAGCAUUCAUUGUCUCUUUGGGGGUCUCAGCUCUCUAUAAGUUUGGUGUGGUUGAACCAAGAAAGAAGGCAUAUGCAGAUUUCUACAGAAAUUAUGAUUGCAUGAAAGAUUUUGAGGAGAUGAGGAAGGCCGGUGUCUUUAAGAGUGCAAAGUGAAUUUGGAAUGUAAAGAAUUUCUUUGGAUUGACUUGUGUUCCUGAACUAUGAAACAUAAAUAUGUGGGCUGAUAAGUAGUUUUUCUUAUAAAUAAAUAAAUACUGUGGACCGAAGUCUGUUCAGUUAUUCAUAUUGAUAAUUCAGGGCAUUAAAAAGCAUCAUACUUGGUUGGAAAUUUUUAAGUUACUUAUAAACAUUGUAAAGAUAAAUUA